AGAACAUCCAUAGAGAGGGCAGAGUGCCAUCAAAGGUAAUUAUAAAGAGAGUAAAGUUAUUUUGUGCCAGGAAAAAUAAAAUGCUGGGUGUCUCAUGGCGUUUCAGAACCUGAUUUCAAAAGGAUCAUACAGCUAGAAAAUAAAAGUUAGCAUGGUGGACCAUUCUACAGGAUAUAUUUGUCAAUGGAAUUUUUCCAUAAUCAUACCACUAACAUGAGAAAAAAAUGAUUGUUAUUGAAACUUGAAAAAUGAGCAGACGGAAUUGUUGGAUUUGCAAGAUGUGCAGAGAUGAAUCUAAGAGACUUCCUUCAAACAUUACUUUGGAGGAAGUAUUACAAUGGGGCCAGUCUUUUGAAAAGCUGAUGGCUACAAAAUAUGGUCCAGUAGUCUAUGCAGCAUACUUAAAGAUGGAGCACAGUGACGAGAAUAUUAAAUUCUGGAUGGCAUGUGAAACCUAUAAGAAAAUUGCCUCACGGCGGAGCAGAAUUUCUAGGGCAAAAAAGCUUUAUAAGAUUUACAUCCAGCCACAGUCCCCUAGAGAGAUUAACAUUGACAGUUCAACAAGAGAAAAUAUCACCAGGAAUAUUCAAGAACCCACUCAAACUUGUUUUGAAGAGGCUCAAAAGAUAGUGUAUACGCACAUGGAAAGGGAUUCCUAUCCCAGAUUUGUAAAGUCAGAAAUGUACCAGAAACUUUUGAAGACUAUUCAGCCCAACAAUUCCUAA